AUGACAGCAUCCUACUGCUUUGGCUGCUGCUCUCCCUAUGCCCUGGGUCUCUUUUUCAUAUUAUGCGUCUCAUUAAUAUGGAGUGCAGCAAGUAUUUUGGUCCAAUUUCUGUAUACCAAGCAGAGUUUUGAUUCUCCCUUUUUGUUGACAUACAUUGGAGUGUCACUAUUCACGCUGCUGUUGCCGACCAACUUUGUAAUAGAGCAAGGCAAACAGAUGCUGUCGGCAACCUUUGGACGACGACGAUCGUUGAAUGACCUGGUGGAAAUCCCCACAACCACAACCUUUGAAAUCAAAAGUGACGAGAGAGGACAAUACGAAAAUGUACCGUCCGUCGGCGAAAGCGCCUCUCUGGAAGAGGAACAACAACAAGACACCUAUCAAGACGAACCCGACAACAGCCAAGAUGGUGAAGCAGAUAAUAGCGUUGGCAGUGAUGUCAUUGGCAUACCCAUGCCUCCUACGACGUUGAAAUGGACCAAUUACGAUCACAUGAAUGCCGCUGUCAAAAUUGCUCCAGUUUGGUUCAUAGCCAAUUGGACCUACAAUGCCUCUCUGGCCUACACAUCCAUUACAUCUUCCACCGUGCUGGCUAGCACGGGAUCAGUGUUUACGUUCCUGUUUGCCGUCCUGUACAGAGACGAACAAUUCACAUGUAUGAAAUUUCUAGGGGUCUUGCUGGGGGUCACCGGGAGUCUCUUUACGGCGUUGCACGACGCCAACCACCAUUAUCAUGAUGAUAAUGACGAUAUGGCCAUGAUGGCCGCUAUGUCCAUGAAUAACAGCACUUCGAUCGACGGCGCAGAUGUCGAGCGAGAGGAUGCCAUUCCUGUAUUUCGAAUGCUCCUGGCGAGACGCCAGCUACUCGCGGGACCUGCUUACCACACGGAUUGGAGUCAAGAACGAGCCCUUUUUGGGGAUGCCUUGGGGUUGAUAUCUGCUUUGGGAUAUGGGGCUUAUGCUGUGAUGGUGCGAGUCUUGUGUCCAAGAGACGAGAGCCUCAUGUCCAUGGAAGUACUUCUGGGGUAUAUCGGAUUGUUCAACAUGGUGGCAUUAUCUCCCAUUCUGUUUUAUCAACUAUUUAACGGCAACCACUCCGAUUUGACGUGGGUUGUCUUGGGAUUCCUGGUUGUCAAGGGAUUGUUGGAUAAUGUGCUGAGUGAUUACCUGUGGGCACGGUCGGUGGUACUGACCAGCGCCACCGUGGCCACGGUGGGCUUAGGAUUGACCAUUCCGCUGGCUUUCCUCAGCGAUGUUCUAUGGAUGGCACAGGAUGGUGCCGCUGUUGUGUCCUUAACGUCCGUUGCAGGAGCACUCAGUGUUUUGGCCGGUUUCAUCCUUGUCAACAUUGCUGCUGACGAUAACAAUGCUAAGGAAGGAGCCAAUGAUACAGCCGACAAUCCACUGCAAGACGAUGACUUUGUACAGGACAACAGCAGCAAUAGUCAGCCAGUGCCGCUAACUGAAAUGAACAAGUACUCGGACGAAGAAGAACCAUCGCCCGAGAGCUGA